AACGAUUUGUCGUUGAAGUUUCUGUCAAACUCUGUUUAAUAGGUCUAACGAUUACAGUCCUUUCAGAAUUAAAAAAAAAAAAAAAUUAUUACAAUAAUAAUAACGUUUGGCAUGUGUUUAAAUGUAAAAUCUGACAAUUUUAAAUAUCAAGAAAAUUGUUCAACUGUCGCUGCCCGGAAUGUCUUCGUACGAUUUGAGGUUGAAGGAUCUUGACCAAGUACUAGAAUGUGAUGAGAUUGAUUUGUCCAAAUUAAGAGAGUUCUGUUUCAAUGGUAUUCCUGAUGAAAAAGGUUACAGAGCAUUGUGUUGGAGAUUGUUGCUCAAUUACUUACCGCCUAAUAAAAACAAAUGGCAAGAGCAAUUAUGUCACCAUAGGAAAUUGUACCAACAGUGGUUAGAUGAAAUAUUAGUUGCUCCUGGUUCAAUUGAUGAUGAACAAUCCGAUCAUCCCUUGAGUGAAGAUCCCACCAGUAAGUGGAAUACAUUUUUUAAAGAUAAUCAAACUCUUACACAAAUUGAUAAGGAUGUCAGGCGAUUACACCCUGAAUUGUCCUUCUUCCAACAACCGACUGAUUAUCCAUUAGCUAGUGUUGUUUACAGUUGUGGUACUAAGCGAUUGAAUAGAAGAGUAGGCAUGCAUUUUCUUAACAGUGCAAAUGUUGAACGUAAAGGCCUUGGUAUUGUUAAAAUAUCCCAAAAACCUGAGCCCAUUAACACAUCUGAAUUUAAACCACUUGAUGAAGGUUCAGAAGCACAUUGGGAAGUGGUAGAAAGAAUAUUAUUUGUGUAUUAUAAAUUAAAUCCUGGACAGGGUUAUGUACAAGGCAUGAAUGAAAUAAUUGGUCCAAUUUAUUAUUGCUUUGCCACCGAUCCAAUUGUCAAUAUGAAAGAGCAUGCUGAGGCAGACUGUUUUUUUGUCUUCACUAAUCUAAUGUCAGAAAUUCGAGAUUUUUUUAUAAAAACUUUGGAUGAGACUGAUACAGGAAUUGUAAAAAUGAUGCAAAAAGUAACAGAUAAAUUGAAAGAAAAUGACCCAAUUGUCCAAAAUUAUUUAAAUAAAAAUGAAAUAUAUCCUCAAUAUUAUAGUUUUAGAUGGUUGACACUAUUAUUGUCUCAAGAAUUUUCACUGCCAGAAGUCAUUAGGAUAUGGGAUUCUCUAUUUUCUGAUUCACAAAGAUUCUCAUUCCUUAUUAAUAUUUGCUGUGCAAUGAUAGUUUUAAUCAGAGAUCAAAUACUUGCUGGAGAUUUUUCGACAAUUGUAAAACUUUUGCAGAACUAUCCAAAUGUUGAAACAUGUGUUAUUUUGAAUAAAGCUGCAGAAUUAAAUUAUAAAAAUUGAUGCGAAGUAAAAGAAAAUACACGAUAUAGCUCCAUGGAUCCAGUUCUUGACCUAAAGCUCUCUCUGGGAAAUGAUCAACAAGUAUAAAAUAUUGUUUGUGAUUUUUCCUCAUCGUUCAAAAUACUUCUGUGAUUUAUUUAUUAAUAUAGUCUAUUUAGUGUGAAAUUAUAUUUAUUAAUCUAUACUAAAAUUUACUACUUGUUAUUCUUCUUA